CAGUGUUUCCAUAUCAGUGGUGUGGCCUUUGCCGUUUUGUCGAUCGUUGCACCAAACCGAUCUUUGUGGGAGUAUCACAUCGACUCCCACGCAUUGCGAUAUUAAAAUGUAAAAUUUUUAAACUCAAAUGACAGAGUUCGUUUUUCGCGCUUUUCAAUCAUUUUUUUCUUUUACCCCAAUGCGUCGGUGUUGUCUUAUACCGUAUGUAUUAUCGAUAUGUGCGCAGAAUUUGUGCGCGCUAUCUAUUCAAUGCCCGGAGUCGAUACUUUGUAUUAGUCCGGAGUUGGCGGAUGAAUUUUAUUUCAAAUCAGUGAAAUUAUUUCGUGAUUUUGGACGAUUGUGCGUUUUACCGGAUUGACAAUAUUUUAUUAUUUCUCCGGUGGACGAAUUGAGUAAAAAUGGCGUUUGCUGGACUUAAGAAACAGAUAAAUAAGUGCAAUCAGUAUGUCACGGAGAAGAUGGGUGGUGCUGAAGGCACUAAACUGGAUUUGGACUUUAUGGAUAUGGAAAGGAAAACGGACGUCACGUAUGAAUUAGUCGAAGAAUUACAAAUAAAAACAAAAGAAUUUUUGCAACCGAAUCCAACAGCGCGCGCGAAAAUGGCCGCUGUUAAGGGUAUUAGUAAAUUGAGUGGACAAGCGAAAUCAAACACCUACCCCCAGCCCGAGGGUGUCUUAGGAGACUGCAUGUUGACCUAUGGACGCAAAUUAGGGGAUGAUAGUAUGUUCGGGAAUGCUCUAGUCGAAAUGGGGGAAUCACUUAAACAAAUGGCCGAUGUUAAAUACUCUCUUGAUGAUAAUAUUAAACAAAAUUUCCUUGAACCACUCCACCAUUUACAAACAAAGGACCUUAAGGAAGUUAUGCAUCACAGGAAAAAAUUACAAGGGCGUCGAUUGGAUUUCGACUGUAAACGAAGACGACAAGCUAAAGGUGCAAAAAAUAUUUCAGAUGACGAGAUUAAGACUGCGGAAGAUAAGUUUGCAGAAUCUCUGCAUCUUGCUCAAAUGGGAAUGUUCAAUUUAUUAGAAAAUGAUGUAGAACAAAUUUCACAAUUAGCCACUUUUGCUGAAGGAUUGUUGGAGUACCACGUGCAGUGUACGGAGAUCCUUAAACACUUGAAUGAAGUCCUAUUGGAAAAGAAAGAAGAGGCCGCAAAUCGUCCCAAAGUCGAAUUCGUACCGAAAUCCCUCGCAGACUUACACAUAGAAGGCGUAUCAGAUGGAGUUAAUGGUAUUCAUCAUCACGACAAUAUGAACACAAAUCAUCACAAUUUUACAAAUAGUGGCCACCAGUUUAAACGACCCGCACCCAAAACCAUUCCUAUAAAACAAUCCGAUCCAUUCGACCCUUGGAGCUUCCCCCAAGGCUCUUCGCAAGUGUCUUCUCCACAACACAAGCCACAUCAACUUGAGUUACUUCCAGGACAACAUUCAGCUAAUGCGUCUCCACUGCCGUCCCCAAUGAAAUCACCAGCGAGAACACCAAUGAACCGACAGCCUUGUUGUACAGCGCUGUACGAUUUUGAUCCUGAAAAUCCCGGCGAAUUGGGUUUUAAGGAAAACGAUGUGAUCACUCUGUUAAAUAAAAUCGACGAGAAUUGGUUCGAGGGUAGUCUCCACGGGCGUACAGGUUACUUUCCAGUAAAUUAUGUGAAAGUUGAUGUGCCAUUACCAUGAGUUACGGGUUAAAUAAAAUAAUACUUCAAUUGAACAACAACCCCUGGUAUCUUUGUUUAGUAAAUAAAUAUUGCAUGCCAUUUACUAUGUUACUUGCCUUGAAGUAUUUAUUUAUUUCAUGUGUAUUCAACUGCACUCUGAAAAGUGAGAUGCCAUAUUAGGAAGUAGUAGUCAAACGUGCGGCAUUUACCUUAGCGCAAAGCUGAAAACUUAUUUAAAUCUUCCUUUUACUCAAAUGAUUUAUUUCCAUUGUAUAUAACGUACUGUAAAUUUUUAUUUAUGAUAUUUUAACUAUUUAGAUAGAGCGAGUGUGAUUGGUGCGUGCAGUUGAAAGUCAUUUAAUUGUAAUUAGUUGAAAAACGUUGCGUACAAGAUUAAAUUUAGUUGUACAUAUUUAGUGCUUUUAGCUUAGUUAUUUUAAUAAUAAUCUAGUUAGUUUAUAUAAUUGUUUAUAUUGUGAAAGCUUAUAAUGUUACAGUUACAGAGGCUAAAUUUUAUAAAAAAUAAGAGAUGUAAUUAUGGUAAAGUUGAAUUUUGAGAGAAAACUAUAUGCUUUGAACCUGAAACUUAAAACCGAGUUGAUUUUAUCGCCUCUACCUAUCACAAAUCACAACUUGCCAAAAUGUUAAUUGCAUGAAAUUGAAAACUCAAUGUCUUAAAAUAAGAACAAUUUUGAUGUAGAUUGAUAGAUUUCUGCUGAAACUUUAUUAAUUAUAACAAAGGAUAAUAUACAACCACCAGUUUGUUGUUGGGUGCCGCUUUUUAGAAAAUGCACUAAUUUUCGUUUAUUUUUCGCUGAGUACUGAUAAAGUUUUGGCCGAAUCACUACAAUUGUUUAACGUUGUCAUUUGACAUGCUAUAGAUGUAUUCCUUAUAUUUGUGUGAAAAUUAAUACCAGAUAUUGUUCGGCUGUGUGUUGUGCUCUGUUUUGACUGUCACUUUUUCUGUUAAUUAAUCGAAAAAAGCCUCUACUCAAACUUACUAAAGUUUCUGCUUUUGAAUACUCAUAGAUGGUUAAUACGGAGCAUAACAAAUAGUUUUAAAUGUACUUACUUAUCUGGUUCAUGACAAUACAUUAGAUAUAAAAGUUAAUAUAAGUAUAACCAAUUAAGAACAUUGUUAUUAGAUCAAACCGUUAUUUUUUACCCUCUAAUCCAAAUUUUCAAAUCUUGUUAAUCUCUAAUAAUUGUCCUCAGUCAUCACUCUAAUUGAUCUCUUCUUUACUUAUACAAUACAGGUAAAUGUUUUUAUUAUUAUUUAAGACAAAACGAAUUGUUAUCUAUUUUCUAAAAAUAAAUGUCAUUGUUUUUUUCA